AUGCUUAGAAGGAAAAUCAAGGUUGAGGUAGCUUUGGGAGUGAGGAGGAGACAGUUGGAAGCUCGAAAGAUAGCAGUUGUUGGAUUUUUGAUGAUGCUGAGAAAUUUUAAGGUGUUUGGUGGCUUCACCCAGAGCCAAAGUCAGAGAAGCACCCAGCAGUCAAUUUCCUUGAGUCAGAUAAGAGUUGAUGUGCAUACAGGAUGCAGCAUUGGGUCCAAUGAAGCUGUUUGCUUAGAACUUCUGGGAACAUUGAGGAGAGCUCUUACUCAACAGGCAGAUGUGAGGAAUCUUUUAUAUCAGGGGCUGAAUGAAGUCCUUUGCAAAAACCCUCAAAUUUCUGAAGCUAUUUUGGAACUCCUUAUGGCCCAGUUUCAACGGUACUAUGAGUUUGCUGAAGAUGUAAGUCCUCCUCUGAAACUAGACAGUUGUAUACAGACACAGAUGGAUGAGGUCCAGUUGGUUGAACCAUUGGCUCAGCUUGUCUUCACUGUCCAACAGUGUCUAACAACAAGCUUAAACAGGGGACCAGUAGAAGAAAUCAACAGUGAUGAUGAAGAGCUGGAAAUUAAAAACAAGCUUCAGAGAUAUAUGAAAACUCUAGUGUCUCGAAUGAUUACAACUGAAAUAGAAGAUUUUGAAUUGGAUAAAUUGACUGGUUACAACCCCUCAUUGUUGUUUGAUACUAAGAAUAUCAUCAUGGCAAAUGAACUACUUGGAAUAUAUGAAGGUUUAAUAGAGUACUGUUUUACUGCUUGUGAAAUGAGUGUUCAAAGUUGUAGUGAUGUGCUAGCCUUAUUUAAAAAAUAUCACACACUUGAAGAAACACUUAAGGAGAAGAUGCCAGGAGCUGGUACUAAAAAAGAUGAAAAUCGUAGUUAUAAGAGUAUCAAAUACAGCUCAGCCAUUAGUAGAAACAGAAUAAGACUUCUGUCUUUAAGAGUAGUAGCAGAAAUCCUUAAACUUUUGUUGUGUGAUUGUAGUCCUGAUCAUGAGGACUCACUGACUUUGUUAAGGCAAGAAAAGAAGUUUGUAAUCUUCAUAGUCAAAGUGGCUGUCCAGAGAAUUAAUCAGUUCAAGGAUAAGGGAAAUUGUGAUGGAUGCGAAGGAAAGAAUGACAAUAGAUUAGUAGAACAUUUCUGCACCAUAGGCAGGUCACUUUUGAAACAUAUAUGUAAAGAUGUUUUGAGUAAUACACAACAAAAUAAAACAACAGUUGAUCCUCUACGGACUUUGUGUUUGGAUGGGUUGUCUACUUUGUUCGAAGUUUUUUCAUCUAGCCAUGUGAACUAUUAUCAGGCAUUCUUGAUGUCCUUUGAGAAGGAAGGAAAAGUAGAAAUAAAAAAUCUGGAAGAAGACCUGUUGAAAACUCAUCUCAAUAACUUUCAGCAUAUUAUAGAUGAUGCACUGAGAUGUUCAGAAGGUGACCAUUCUUUGAAAGAGAUAAUUUCUCUCUUGUCUAUUGUUUCAUGCUUGUCUAAGCAUAUUCAACCAGCAAGCCUCAUCUUUAAGGAAUACUUUCAUUGGAUCCAUAAGCUGUGUAAUGAACAAGAAAUAAAUGAUUCUGGUGUAGCCAAAGCUAUGUUGUCUCUCUAUUUAACUUUGAGUCAUCAGAGUAAAGAGUAUAUCCCUGUACUAAGAGAUGUAGCUAACCAGAUUCAUUCCAUUCUUGGAGAUAUAACUGAGGAUGUAGAAGUGGAGAACAAAAAACAAUUUGCAAUCAUCAAUGAGAAAACAGCCUUACCCUUGGCCCAUUUGAUACUUUUUCAUGCUGAUCUUGUAUUGAAUGAAAUAGAGUGGAUUUUAAAUCAGAUGAAGGCUCAAAUUACUGUUGACUCUGAAGCAAAUAAAGAUACUGAACCCCCAGAAAACCGAGUAAAGAGGGAAUACAAUCUCUGUUCACAUCUUGGCCAAUUAAUCACAGUUGUCCAUGAACUCAUUCAGACAGCUUUUCCUUUAGGAUCUUGUGCAAACACUACUUUGAAACUUGUCAGCCGCAUCUAUAACACCCUUGGAGUUUUCACAAAAUAUUAUAUAUGCGUGUACAACUUGAAAAUUGGCCAUUUGUGUUCCAAAUUUGAAAAGUUGGUCAAGUUAUCAAGCACACAUUUAACUCCACAUGUGGACACUUUCAUCACAUAUGAGGCUUCUGAAAGAGCAAACUCCCAAGGGCCACUAAAAAAGAAGCCAAAAAUGGACUUUGAGGCUCAAAAGGUCCAAGUGAUGAAAGAGACAAAAUCUAUUCCACCAGUAAUUUAUUCUAAAGAAUACUAUGAACAAUUCUUGGUUCAGUUGACAAAGAAAUCUAAGGUGAACUUGAUGGAGCACGUAAAACUCAGCACAUCAAGAGAUUUUCGCAUCAAUGUAGAAAAGGUUGAGGAAGUUUUUGAGCAAGCUUCAACAUCAGAGAACGAAAAUGAAGAAGAUGAAGGUGAUAUAAAUCAUGAAAGUUAUGUAAAUCAUACUGCUGCAAAUGCUCCUUCUUCUCAUUCUUCUUCAUCUAAAUGCCCUGUAAAAUUUACAUCUCAACAUAAAACCACAAUGAAGAGAAAGAGGGUGCUUUCUGGGUGGGACCAACCAAACCUGUAGGUAAAUGUCAAGUUGCCACUCAACUCAAUAAAAAAACAGGAAUAUAAAUGAACUACUAACAACUGAAGAAAAACUGAAAGACAGUUAAUGCCAUUUAAUCUGUGGAUAGGAUGAAGUAGUGCAUGUGAAAGUAAAGUGGGAAUGAACUGAGGUCAAACAAGUAUGUGGUGUUUCAUGUACAUUUUGAAUUCCAUAAUGUAGAAUUGUCAGAAAUCCUCCACCUUGAAGAGGUUGAGUCUGUAGGAUUUUGGAAGUUUAUCUUAGCUUAUUUUUGUAAGCAAAAUCUAUUUACAUGUAUGUGGCAAUGUUUACAUCAGAUGAUAUUUUUCUGUUCUGAAGUUUGAGAGUUAAAUGUUGUACUGCUCUUUCCCCAGUGUAUACGGUACUAUAAUUUUACAAAAUGCUUCCCAAUUUACAAUACUAAAUGAGCAAAUUACAGUUUCAAAAACUUGUUCAAAUAGUCUUAAAUUUGCUAGAAACACCAAGAAAAAUAGCAGUUUCUUUGUAAUCUGUCUAGUCUUUACAGCUGUUGAUUUUAUUUUAGAUCUCUCAAAUAAUGAUUGUUUACAUUAUUUACACACUUUGUUGUUGUUUUUUAUUAUCCAUGAAAACCCCCAAAACAGACACUCAUUAGCAUUUUUGCUUUCUUAAAAUUGCAAUAACUAAAUAGUUUUAAAUCUCAGGAUACAAAAGUUUUAAAAUGAUUCAUAGUUUUUUGUAUGUUUUUCAAGAGUUGCUACAUUCAAAAUGCUCAUGGUUAGUUUUCUGACUGUGGAAGCAGAAUGUUAUUUGAAAGUGCUGUAUUAAGUUAGUGAAAUAUUUGUUGAUUAAACAUAUUGAAUAUUCA